UCUCCUACUACCCAAUACCGGCCUCUUUAAUCGUGGUUCUCAGAGAGGCGAAGAUCAUCUCGUCUAAGAGUAGCAAAUCCAAGGCGCAACAAUGGCAAAGGAAAAGACUCAUAUCAACAUCGUUGUCAUCGGUCACGUAGAUUCUGGAAAAUCUACUACCACUGGCCAUUUGAUCUACAAAUGCGGUGGAAUCGAUAAACGAACCAUCGAAAAGUUCGAGAAGGAAGCCAACGAGAUGGGAAAAGGCUCCUUCAAGUAUGCCUGGGUGCUGGAUAAGCUCAAGGCUGAGCGUGAGCGUGGCAUCACCAUUGAUAUUGCCCUCUGGAAAUUUGAAACUGAAAAGUAUUAUGUCACCGUCAUUGAUGCCCCAGGACAUCGUGACUUCAUCAAGAACAUGAUUACCGGUACUUCACAGGCUGAUUGUGCUGUAUUGGUUGUUGCUGCUGGUACUGGUGAGUUUGAAGCUGGUAUCUCAAAGAAUGGCCAGACCCGUGAGCAUGCCCUUUUGUCGUACACUUUGGGAGUGAAGCAGCUUAUUGUUGCUGUGAACAAGAUGGACACCACUGAGCCCAAGUAUCAUGAGGGGCGUUUUAAUGAAAUUCAAAAGGAAGUCAGUGGCUAUGUGAAGAAAGUUGGCUAUAACCCCAAAGCCGUGGUAUUUGUUCCCAUUUCUGGUUUCCAUGGUGAUAACAUGUUGGAACCAAGUGAGAAUAUGCCAUGGUUCAAGGGAUGGAGCAUUGAGAGAAAAGAAGGAAAUGCUUCUGGGAAAACCCUCUUUAAUGCUUUGGAUGCGAUUUUGCCCCCGGAGCGGCCCACCAAGAAAGCCCUCCGCCUGCCAUUACAGGAUGUUUACAAGAUUGGAGGUAUUGGAACAGUGCCAGUUGGUAGAGUGGAGACAGGCAUCCUGAAGCCAGGCAUGGUGGUGACAUUUGCUCCUACUGGCCUGAGUACUGAAGUAAAGUCUGUGGAAAUGCACCAUGAAGCUCUAACAGAAGCUCUUCCUGGUGACAAUGUUGGCUUCAAUGUGAAGAACGUGUCAGUAAAGGAAAUAAAACGUGGCAAUGUUGCUGGUGAUACCAAAAAUGAUCCACCAAAACCAACCAAUUCCUUUAAUGCUCAGGUCAUUGUCCUUAACCACCCAGGAGAAAUUCAUGCAGGCUACAGUCCAGUGCUGGAUUGCCAUACUGCCCAUAUUGCUUGCAAAUUUGCAGAACUGCUUGAGAAGAUUGAUCGUCGUUCCGGCAAGAAGUUGGAAGACAACCCCAAAAUGAUCAAGUCAGGAGAUGCCUCCAUAGUUAAGAUGAUACCAUCUAAGCCUAUGUGUGUGGAAAAAUUCUCAGAUUAUGCUCCGCUGGGACGCUUUGCUGUACGUGACAUGAAGCAGACAGUGGCUGUAGGCGUCAUCAAGGAUGUGGAUAAGAGCGAAGUCGCUGGCAAAGUGACAAAGGCAGCUCAAAAAGCUACCGGCAAGAAAAAAUGAAAUUCAGUACACCAUCUCAAUUGCAAAAGACUUCUCCGCUUACAAGUCAAUCAUGCUGUAGUAGUUGAAUGGCUCCUUUCCUAUCUAUUUCAUCGCAAGUCUGUGCGAAGGCGGAGACUGUUUUAAUAUGUGAAGGUUAAACGUGUACUUGGUAGAAAUAAAAUUAAUAAAACGUUCUGUUGUA